AUGGGCUUCCUCAGCAGCCUCUUUCAUUGCCUUCACAGCAUCAUCGGGAACCACGGCAGCCUCAAGUCUUCUGACUCUGAGGUGAACAGUGGCCGGGCACUCAAGAUCUCUGGUUCUGGGCUAGUCAGUUUCCAGCAGAGCAGGGAGACCCACGGGGAAGAGAAGGGGGCCUCAGGACUGAAGGCUGGGCACCGCUGGGCUUUCAGCUCUGGUUCCUGCCUGCCUCAGCCAACUCUGACGCUGGAGGGCGCAGACGGGGCGGCCGCCCCGACUCCGCCCUGCCCCAGGCGUCCGGAGGGAGCGCAGCGCCGCCGCCCCACAGACGGGCUCUCUCUGCAAUCGAGAGCUCCUCGCCCGAUGGCCGCGCCGCCGCUGCUCCUCGAGGCCCUGCUGGUGACCCUGCUCGGGGCGCCCUCCUCGACUGCCGCCCCGACCGAGGUGAGGCUGGGCGUGCUGCUGCCCGGGCGCAACGUGGGCUACCCCUGGGCCUGGCCGCGCGUCCAACCCGCCCUGAGCCUGGCCCGGGAGGCGCUGGAGCCCCAGCUGCGCCACCAAGGCCUCGCCCUCCGCACCGCCUUCGCUUCCACCGAGGACGCGGACGGCAAAUGCGACUCCGGACUGCCGCUCCUAAGAGCCGGGGCCUACCGGAGGGGAGAGUUUUACAACAGGACGGUGUACGGCGGCCCGGCGGGGCCCGACCUCCGCGCCUUCCUGGCCCAGCUGCUCGGGCACUUCAACUGGACCUCCCGCGCCCUCCUGGUCGUCAGUCCCAAGCGGGAUCACUUGCAAUACUAUUCCCGCUUGUUGAGCUUGCAGGAGGAGCUGGCGGCCGUCCCCAGCUUCACCGCCCUCACUCACUACUAUAAGCAGGCCGGCGAGGCUGUCCACUUCACCCAGGCCAACGGGCGAGUGGUCUUCAUCUAUGGGUCCUUGGAGAUGUUGCAGGAGAUCAUGGGCCUGGCACAGACUCAGAACAUGACCAGCGGUGACUACAUCUUCAUCUAUGUGGACAUUUUUGGGGAAAGCCUGAGAGCUGAGGGGCAUCGUGAGGCAGCCAAGCCCUGGCAGAGCAAAGAGAGCCAAGAUGCAGGAGGCCUCCGAGAGGCCUUCCAGACGGUGCUGGUGGUCACUCCCCAUGAGCCCCAGACCCCCGAAUACCGGCGUUUCCAGAGCCAGCUGAUCCUGCGUGCUCAGAGAGACUUUGGUGUGGCAGUGAAUGACUCCAUGGGGACAGUGGUGGCCGUCUGCUUCCACGAUGUGCUGCUGCUGUAUCUCAGGGCCCUGAAUGAAACAUUGCAGGAAGGCGGAACCAAACGGGACACCAGCCGCAUCCUGGAGAAGAUGAGGGGCCUGGAAAUCCAGGGUGUCACUGGGACAGUGAGCCUCAACAGCAAAUAUGACCGAGAGAUGGAUUUCGACCUGUGGGCCAUGAAGGAUGUGGAGAGCGGAGAAUACCAGGUGGUGGCUCAUUACAUGGGGCCAGAGAAGCGGAUCAAGUGGCUGGGGCCCAUUCAUUGGAAGAAGGGGAGGCCCCCUCUUGACAACCCAGACUGUGUCUUCAACAUGGAUGGCCUCUCCAGUGGUAAAAGUGGGUGUGUCCAGGGGUAGAGGGACGUCAUCUCACUGGCCUGUUCUCAUUGGCCAUUCCUAAGGCCUUUCAUCCCCUCUGCCACCUCCAGUGGUGAUACAUCUUACAAGCAGGACGACCCUAAGUAGGAAAAUUCAGAUGGCUGCCAUUUUGCCUCCCGUUCUGCUCUCUGGCUGGGAGCCAAGAGCUGAUUCUCCACCAAGCAGUUUGUCUGUACACAAGGCACUGGCAUGUUUUCAUUGGGUUAAGUUUUUAUAUAUUCAUACAGUAUAGUUGGCAUGAUUUCACAGGUUUGUAUUUUCACACGUCUGAAUAGGAGUCCUGAUUUCCUCCUCUCUCGUAGACCUGCCGUCACUGCUCACUGCACGGCAACCAAUCCUAAAAACAUACAGAGAGCAAACUGAUCAGUCUGACCAAUGGUUGUGUAUUUAAACAAAUAAAAAGCCUUACCAUUUCA